UCGCUUCCCCCAUCUUUACUUUGGUUGUAUGAUUCCUAUUCUUCUCUAAUUUUUAUGGUUUGGAUCAUCGGUUACUGUUUUCUUCUGGGUACUGAUUUUUCUGUUUCGCCGGAGAGUCGUGAUUGCGUUUACUGUUGUGUUCGUGUCCUUUGGGUUGGUCUGUUUUUGUCGAUUGAUUCGAUGUCCCUGAUUCCAUUUGGGUGAUGGGUUGAUGACCGUGGAUCUAACGGCUUUUCAUUUUGUUUGUUUGUUUUUUGAAUUCUUGAAAACGGUGACCAGAGUUGAAGUCUAUGUAGGAUCGAAUUGAGAUUAUUGAGCGUCCGCGACGGUUCAGACGACUGGUUUCUGGCUUCGUAUUUAUCAUUGAACUUUUAGUCAGGAUGCCAUGGAUUUGAAGCGAAGGGAGGGGGUAAAUAGAGAGAAGACAUGAUGGAUGUGAUUUACUGUGAGGAGGAAAUUGAAAGAUUCUAUGAUACCCGUGAGGAGAUCUCCUCUGUUUCUGAUUGGGGAUCUGAUUGCUCUGAGAACUGUAGUACAAGUUUUGGGGAUGACGGAGAUGUUCCUGAAACUUUAGGGUAUGGGGCCUGGAUAAGGAAUCUGGAAAGUGUUCAUGAGAGGAGAAGUAAGUUCCUCAAAUGGAUGGGUUUGGAUUUAGGUCAGAAUUUUGACGACAGAGAUGAAGAGGAAGGGCUUUGUUUCGGGAGGGUUUAUAGUGAUAGAAUUCUAGAAGAUUGUGGAACGGUGUUGAGACUUUCAGGUUCUGAAGGGGAGUUGUCUUCAAGGCUUACCAUGUCUUCCAUGUCAAAUGAAGUGCCAGAAUCGUCUGGAAAUGUUGCUGUGGAGGAGAGUUAUGCUUGUACUAUCAGGAAUUUGGACAAUGGGACUGAGUUUGUCGUGGAUAGUCUCAGUCAAGAUGGAAUGUUGAACAUAUUACGGGAAGUUGGUUCGAAUCGAUCCUUCAGUUUUGAUGAGUUUGAACGGAACAUUGGGCAGUCUCCCUUGGUUCGGCAACUCUUUCGCAAAAAUGCUGAAAAGGCUGGGCCUUUGGUCAAUGCCAAAAAAGAGGUAAAGAAGGGUUGGCUGAGAAAAUUGGGUGCGGUGACUUGUAUGGUUGACAACCAGGAGGACACAAUUAAGCGUGGUGUUCUCAAUUCAUCAUCUAAGACAGGGAUUCAACAAGUUCGCGUUCAUCCAUAUAAAAAGCAGUCCAAGGAAUUAUCAUCCCUUUUUGUGGGACAAGAGAUUGAAGCACAUAAAGGGUCAAUUUCUACAAUGAAGUUUAGUGUUGAUGGAAGAUACUUAGCUACUGCUGGUGAAGAUGGUGUUGUGCGUGUAUGGCAGGUGAUUGAAGAUGUGAAAUUCGACAAUUUUGACAUUCAUGAUAUCGAUCCUUCCUCUCUGUAUUUCUCAAUGAAUCCUGUGUCCAAGUUAGAGCCCUUGGAUGUGCCAACAGAGACUGUAGGCAAGACCAAAUUGAAGAGAUCAUCAAACACAGCCUGUGUAAUCUUUCCACCAAAGCUAUUUAGGAUAUCGGAAAAGCCUCUGCAUGAGUUCUUGGGACAUAGUGGCGAGGUCUUGGAUCUCUCUUGGUCAAAGAAAGGGCUUCUGCUGUCAUCUUCCGUUGAUAAGACAGUUCGCCUUUGGCAGCUGGGAUGUGACUCGUGCCUAAGAGUUUACUGUCAUAAUAAUUACGUGACGUGUGUUUGUUUCAACCCUCUAGAUGAAAAUCACUUCAUAAGUGGCUCAAUAGACGGUAAAGUUCGGAUUUGGGAAGUUCUUGCUUGUCAAGUGAUUGAUUAUAUUGAUAUCCGUGAGAUAGUAACUGCAGUCUGUUACAGACCAGAUGGAAAGGGAGGAAUUGUGGGAUCCAUGACUGGAAACUGCCGUUUCUAUAAUAUCAUAGAUAAUCGAUUGGUGCUCGAUGCUCGGAUAUGCUUAAAUGGGAAAAAAAAGUCACCUGGGAAGAGAAUAAUUGGUUUUGAGUUCUCUCCUAACGACCCGAACAAACUAAUGGUCUGUUCUGUUGAUUCGCCGGUUCAUAUAAUUUCCGGAAGUGAUGUCAUCUGCAAAUUCAAGGGUCUUCGAAGUGCUGGAAACAAGAUGUCUGCUUCUUUUACCUCAGAUGGGAAGCAUAUUGUUUCGGCCGGUGAAGAAAACGUUUAUGUUUGGAACUACAAUUGCAAGGACAAAGCAUCUCGGAAAAAGAAAAUCUGGUCAUCCGAAAGUUUCUUUUCUCGAAAUGCAACGAUGGCCAUACCUUGGUCUGGUGUGAAAAAAACCACACUGGAACCACCUUUAUCUCCAACGCAAGUUUGUGAUACAGUGGGAAGUGUCCCUGAAAAGGAGCUGAAGUACGUGGAUGAUGAUGGCGAGAGAGAACACAAGGUUCCCUCAUCGUCACCGGAUUGCUUCUCUCUAAGCCGUACUCUUUUUCCCGAGUUGCUCAAAGGAUCUGCAACUUGGCCGGAGGAGAAACUCCAUGAUUCUAGCUCAAUGACCCCUUCACCUUCACCUUCAAUGUGCAAAUCUGAGUUCAAGUUUUUGAAGAAUGCUUGUCAAAGCAUGCUUAACUCUCCGCACAUGUGGGGUCUUGUGAUUGUAACUGCUGGAUGGGAUGGACGAAUCAGAACAUUUCUCAACUACGGUUUGCCUAUUCGAUUAUGAGCCAGUUCCCCCGAAAUGAUUCGGUUUCGGCAUUUGC